AUGAUCUGUACAACCUUAAUGCUUCUGGGCCCUGUUCUAGCUCAGGCUUUUCUGGACAUACAACAUCCACACGUUCACUUUGGUCCACCAGAAUAUGUGACGAUAAAUCUUGUCGAUGGCGGAAUGACAAACCUUCGCACAAAGAGGCACACUAGUUCCUGCCUCCACGAUGUCAUGGCAUUUUCUACUACGGUGGAUGGGGAGGAAGUAACCCUUCAGCUUAAGGAAAACAAGCAUAUCGACUGCACGGUUCCGGUGCACAGAAUGACCGCUGAUGGAAAGAUUACGGUGCAACCAGUCCCGACUUUGAGAGAGUCUCGGAUCUACCAGGAUAAGGUGCACAACGCUGCCAUUGGGGUGGGCGUCGUGCAGCUUUCUAAUGGAAGCUGCAUGUACCAAAUGGAUGGAUCGUUCUCAAUGCCAAAAGGAAUGUACACAAUAACACCAGCCCAAAGUAGGGAGAAGGGCAGGCAGCGAGGUGGGGGCCAACAUGUUGUACACUCAGUGAAUAUUACCGCAGACUUCCGCGGAGAUUACAUCAGGAAAAAUGAUGAUAACGUUCGUCCCACCAGGCCCACGAAACCCACCAGGCCCACAAAACCCACCAGGCCUACUCAUCCCACCAAUAAACCCAACCAUCGUGUGCACCCACGUAGUGCUCCAAGGCAGCCUCUACAGCGCUUCAAGAGGAUGACGCCGCAGCUGUAUACCAUCGACUUGUUUCUUGUGGUGGACAACCUUGUCUAUGACUUGUGCGUAUUAAAGUCAGUUUUUCAACAAAGAUGA